AGUGCCAUCAAAUUUAUUUGGCUUACCGUUCCCCUUUUGAGAAUGCCCACCUUCUCUUACCAAACCCAUUUUUUUCGAUCAUACUUCCGUUUGUUGCUUGUUUUGUCAUUUCUUCGUCGUCCCGAUAUCAACUCCUCCUCCUUCUCCAGUGAUUAACUCAAUUCCGAUUGUUCUGUUGGUUGAUUCCGAUCAAUUUCCCUGCAGCUGUUUCAAAUUUUCGAUAUCUAUGCUGAGACAAGAAGAAUAUUAAGAGGAUUGUGUUUCUGAGCAUGAAGAGAAUUUGAGUGCAUAGCGGAAUAAGGACUUGCAUAAAGCUGAGUUGACAACUAUCGCGGAGUGUGUUUUCUUCUCGAAAAUGCGAUCAUGAAGAGACUAACUAGAAAACUUGGGAAGUAUGAGGUGGGGCGGACUGUCGGCGAAGGGACGUUCGCCAAGGUUAAAUUUGCAUGUAACACGGAGACGGGAGAGAGUGUGGCCAUAAAAGUUUUGGCCAAAAGUAGCAUUCUCAAGCACAAAAUGGUAGAUCAGAUUAAGAGGGAGAUAUCAAUAAUGAAAAUUGUCAGGCAUCCACAUAUUGUCCGACUGCAUGAGGUGUUGGCUAGCCGGACAAAGAUAUAUAUUAUCCUUGAGUUUGUCUCUGGAGGUGAACUAUAUGAUAAAAUCGUUCUUCAAAAGAAGCUUCCAGAAAUUGAGUCUAGACGGUACUUUCAACAACUGAUAGAUGCAGUUGCUCAUUGUCACAGCAAGGGUGUGUACCACAGGGACCUUAAGCCUGAAAACCUUCUUCUUGAUGCUGAUGGAAAUCUGAAGGUUUCUGACUUUGGACUGAGUGCACUGUCUCGACAAGGUGUUGAGCUACUUCACACAACAUGUGGAACUCCUAAUUAUGUUGCACCCGAGGUGCUUGGAGGUCAGGGUUACGAUGGUGCAGCUGCAGAUAUAUGGUCAUGUGGAGUCAUCCUCUAUGUACUAAUGGCUGGAUAUCUUCCAUUUUCAGAGACAGAUCUCCCUACCCUAAAUAUGAAGAUACAUGCAGCGGAGUAUUCCUGCCCCUAUUGGUUUUCAUCUGGUGCGAAGUCCUUGAUACAGAAGAUCCUUGAUCCGAAUCCUAAAACUCGGAUUCGAAUUGAAGAAAUUAGAAAAGAUCCAUGGUUCAGAAGAAACUACAUCCCUGCUAAACUAGGAGAAGAUGAGGAAGUAAACUUGGAUGAUGUUCAGGCUGUUUUUGAUGACAUUGAGGAUGAAUAUGUAGCUGAUCAGUCAGAAAAAAGUGACGGCGGUCCUUUGAUAAUGAAUGCAUUUGAGAUGAUAACAUUAUCUCAAGGAUUAAAUCUGUCACCAUUAUUUGACCGGGGACAGGACUAUAUAAAGCGGCAAACACGUUUUGUUUCUUGUAAACCUGCUAACUUUAUAAUGUCAACCAUUGAAGCCGUAGCAGAAACAAUGGGUUUAAAUGUCCACACACGUAAUUUCAAGACAAGGUUGGAAAGGACUGGACACAGGGUUGCACAGUUUGCUGCUGUGCUGGAGAUUUAUGAGGUGGCACCAUCGCUUUUUAUGGUCGACGUUCGCAAAGCUGCUGGAGAUACUCUAGAAUAUCACAAGUUCUACAAGAAUUUCUGUGCUAAGCUAGAAAACAUAAUCUUGAAACCAUUAGAGAGUGUGCGGAACUGAAGCCCUGCUUGGUUACUAACUGGUUCUAUGGAGCAAAUGAGCAACCACACUGUUUGCCCAAAAGCUGUUCAUCAUGAUGAGAUGCUUUUAUAAAUGAAGCUUCACUGUCCAUGAUCUGAACUUCAUAUAUGCUAUUAUGAUUUAGAAAACAGAAAGGGCUAAGCUGCAAAUGAUAUAACUCAAGAAGUGCGUGUGUAUUUGUGUGUGCGUGUUUAAUUUUCUUCAGCCUUCCUGUAUUUAAAGGUUCUGUCACCAAAGGCGGGAUUCAGUAGGAAAUUUGCCUUGGAUUGUACAGAAUGUCAUUGAAAAUAAAUUUAGAAUCUUUUUGCUGAGAGCUGUUUUGAAGGUUAA